GCCAUUUUUAUUCCAUACUUACUGUUUGCUGAUUAGUUAAUAUUUGUCAAGGUCACUGAAGAUUCGUUCAAAGGUCGUCCAUAAAUCAUAGUCUCUCCGUGAGUGACGUGUUUUCUGUUUUUCAUGUUCAUUAUAACUAAUUACCUUGUUAGUCCUCUACGAUGAGUUCAAUUAAAGUCACUGAGAGAGCUCGUAGACGUAGGGCAACUAUUAACUUGUCAAGCGUCUUGGGCUGUCAUAGAUCGACUUAUAACAGACUGGAAUAAAUGAGUUUGCUAGUGAAAGCACGAUCAAAGAUAACUGACUUUAACAGUGGGGUAUGUUGAAUUGAUAGCAGUCAAAAGAGAAAUUAAUUGUAAUGAGAAUCCGUCAACUGUCACACCAAAAUAAAUCCUCUUGUAUAGAUAUCUAUUCUGAAGUUUACCACUAACCUCAAAUGUUCUUGUUAACUCUUAAUCUUUACAGUUUUAUUUCUCAAAAAGUUGUCAUUUCCUCAGCACAAUAUGUUAAAUAUUGUGGGCCAUUUACCUCAAAAGUACAGUGACAAUAUUCUUGUUACUCAUAAUAAUCAUGAUAUGGUAUAUGAAGUUAGAGGAUUUCAAUUGCAUUCACUUCAUUUACCAUCAAUGCGAACAAAUAAUGAUAGUAAAAAGAUACCUAUUGAAACAAAUCUUGUGGACAUCGACUAUUCACCUGGAAUAAAUUCGUUACUAUGUUGUUCUGAUAAAGGAGAUAUCCAGAUAUGGGAUAUGAGGGAUAACAUUCCACAGCCUUCUAUCCAGUCUUAUAAACAGUUUAUGAAUGUACCUUUCACUUGUUGUUCUAUCAGUGCAGAUGGCAGUUUAAUUUGUUGUGGUACAGAAGUUUACAGAUUGAAAAAGAAACGUCGAAAGCAUAACUCCAGAAAUAUUAGUGAAUGCGAUGAGGAAACAGCUCAAUUAGUUUAUUGGGACACACGAAAUCUAUCAUGUCCAUUGGGUAGUAUUAAAGAUUUACAUUCAGAUGAUAUUGUUGAUGUAAAAUUCGAUCCUACUUCUGUUCCCGGUUAUCUACGUCUAAUGGAUUGUUCUGAAGAUGGCGUAAUAUGCUUGUAUGAUAUGAAUGCAGAGGCGAUUUCACAGGAUAAUUCUCUUUUAUAUAUGUUCAAUUCAGAAUCAGUGGCUAGUUCAUGUGAUUGGUUAAUAUCACAUAAUGAUCUAUCUUCUAGUUCCGCUGCUGUUGGCGUCUAUUGUACAACAACAAUGCGAUCAAAUAUUAAGGCAUGGCCAAUACACCCAUCAAUGUUAUGUAAUAAUAAUAUCGUUGAAGGAGAAAACUUCAAAGAAGACAAAGAAACAUUCAGUUUAUCUGAAAAAGAUGAGGAAGAACUAACUGAGAAAACACGACUAUGGAAUUCUAAAUUUAAUAUGAAUAAUCCUAAUGAUGACGAUGAUGAUAAUAAGAUUUUAAAAGGUAAAAACUUUUUCAGCAUGAUUCUAAUUCAAACUGAUUCAUCUGAUGAAUUUCUGCUACUCGGUGAUAGUAAUAUCAAUGAUAAUAAUAAUAAUAAUAAUAAUAAUCAAAAUUAUCCAACAGUUUUCCAUUCAAAUUAUCAAUCAAAUUGGACAAUGUCUUGUUUGCCAUCAAAUAUCACUAUGAGGAAGUCUCAACCAAUUAAUAGUAGUUUUAAUUUACAAUAUGCCGAUUUUCUAGGUAAACUAACCAAUAAUCACAGUAAAGAUAAUACUAUGAAACAGUUAUGCUUUAUGGUUGGUUCACAAUCGACUGUGCUAUGCUCUUAUGAAAUAUCAUUAUCAACUUGAUUAUAAUCCAAAUGAUAAUUAAAUAUGUUUUCCUUGAUGUUGUUCUGUUGAAAACUGCUGUGUACAGAUUCACUUUCCAUUUUUAUAUUGGAUUGUGAUAAAUUUAUGUUGUGUUAGAGGGCAGUUAUUUUUGCAUACUAUAAAGUCUCCCCUUCUUUAUCUCUUAUGCAAUGAUAUAUCACUGAAUUGAUAAGAAUAUAUAUUAACUUUUUAAUGAUAAUAAUUACACAGUAAGAGUAUACUAUAAUUGUAAUAGACAAACACUUGGGUAGGGACAACCAAUGUGUUUUAAUACAAAAUCACAGUGUCUUGAUAAAAUAUAAGAACUAUACACUGAAUGCUUCAUUUGCAAAUUUCCAUCAUUUGUCCUUCACAUUCUGUCUGAUUCUUCAACUUCAAAAUUCUUUUCUAUCUUAUGAUUUAAUCAAGUUUCGACUAGAAUUACCCAUAAAUUAGUUUUUUAAAGUAAUCAUAAACACAAUUGUAGGAAGUAACCUCCUAUAGGUGAAAUUUUAAAAUAUUUCCCAGACUGUCAAGUACAGAGUCUUAGCUUAGCCCAAAUCAGAACUAAUAAACUAUUUGGCUUGAUAAACUAUCUGUUUCUAUUAAUCAGUACAUUCUAUUAAACGGGGAAAAAGAAUGACAUAGAUCA